AUGAGUCCCCGAGCAAGAGUCGAGCACCUCACGCAAGAGAACAUCACUUUGCACUCAUCGCAAUGCACAAGAUGUGCAGUAAGGACGAACCGCCAAAGCAGAGACCACCACAAAGGCUCCUUGGCCAGCGGACAUGAGGUCGGUGAACGAAAUUCUUACAUGAAGCCAACAAUUGCUUCAAAGGACAGGGCAUCCUCUGGCCUCGGAGGAAAUUCCGACUCCACCGAACACGGCCACGGGUUUGCAACCAUCGGAGAAUCCCCAUACCAAUAUCACCAAGGACGACCUCUGUACAUCGGUCCGCCCCCGGUAUAUGAUUCAUGGUCGAUAAAGCCUGGCUACAUGAGAGAGACAAACUCGUCGCUCGGCAAAGUAACCUGGAAUCUAUCUUGUUUUACCAGACGUCUGAAGAGUGGCCUACCCCCACAUAUUACCAGCGAACUACAGUCUCAGGCCACCUCCUCAGCUGUUCCCGCUCCCGGAGAGGAGGACUGCAUCACAGAACCCAGCCGAAUCCCGAAGCAGAUGAUGCCACCGACUACCGACGGAAGUUCAACACCCACCGUCUAUAUCCACAGCGCUUCCGGCUUCCGUUACUUGAGAACCGCGUUUGAAUCGGUUCGACAGCUCGUACACGAUACAGCACGAGAGCGUUGGCCCGCGGUCUACCGCAUCCACUACAAGGACGGCCCACACCUCGUAAAACUCGGCCGAGAAGAGCUUCACCGCGUCAUCGGCGGAGGGGAGCUCUGUAUAGGCUACGAUGUACCAAGUUUGGUUAGAUCCGCACUCCUCGAGAACGUGCAUCUCCGCAACGCGAACUCCUCGGCGAUCGACGAGGUGCUCGCGUCCGCGCAGAAGCUCGCCGCAUACAUCGGGAACGAGGAGGAGACCAUGCGUUUUCGCGGGCUUCGCGAUGAUCUUGCAAAGGAAGCCAGACAGACGUUGAGCGACUUCGAGGACGCCUUGGACCUUGCUUCCUUACCAUUCGCUGGAACACUGGCACCGUGGUGGGAAUCGCAUCAUGAGGAGCAUUUCUGGCUGAACCGUGACUACUGGAAGAAGGGAGAGGGCUACUCAGAAGAGGUGCUUACGAUCGCACUACAGUAUUAUAACUCGGAGUGA